GUAAUUACAUAUACUACAGUUGACAACAAAUAAUUUCAAACACACAUUUUAUUUUAAUACAAAUUCCAGAUGAAGCGCUUUUUAGCACGUCCCAGAGUGUUGGCCAAGUUGUCAGCACUGCAGCAACUGGAGCGCAGUUAUCACAUAACACAUGGCAGGCAACAGGCAAAGGUUAUGGCCGAUGCCAUAGCAAAGGAAUAUCCUGUUGUGGAUCAUAAGUACGAUGUGAUUGUAGUGGGUGGCGGCGGCUCGGGGCUGCGUGCAGCCUUUGGAUUAGUGGAGGAGGGCUUCAGCACGGCGGUCAUAAGCAAGUUGUUUCCCACGCGCUCACAUACAAUUGCAGCUCAGGGUGGCAUCAAUGCAGCGCUGGGCAAUAUGGGCGAGGAUGACUGGCGCUGGCAUAUGUACGAUACGGUCAAGGGCAGCGACUGGCUGGGCGAUCAGGAUGCCAUACACUAUAUGACUCGCGAGGCGCCGCAUGCGGUUAUUGAGCUGGAGAACUAUGGCAUGCCCUUCUCACGCACCGACAAGGGCAAGAUCUAUCAGCGCGCCUUUGGCGGCCAGAGCUUGCAUUUUGGCAAGGGCGGGCAGGCGCACAGAUGCUGCGCCGUGGCGGACCGCACAGGACACUCGCUGCUGCACACGCUGUACGGGCAAUCCUUGAGCUAUGACUGCAACUACUUUGUGGAGUACUUUGCGCUGGACUUGCUGUUUGACGGCGAUAAAUGUUGUGGCGUCAUGGCGCUCUGCAUCGACGAUGGCAGCUUGCAUAGGUUUCGUGCACAGAAUACGGUGAUUGCUACGGGUGGCUAUGGGCGCGCCUUCUUCUCCUGCACCUCGGCGCACACCUGCACAGGCGACGGCAAUGCGAUGGUAGCGCGUCAAAAUCUGCCUGGGCAGGAUAUGGAGUUUGUGCAGUUUCAUCCCACAGGCAUUUAUGGUGCGGGCUGUCUGAUGACCGAAGGCUGCCGUGGCGAGGGCGGCUUUCUAGUCAACUCCAAGGGCGAACGCUUUAUGGAACGCUAUGCGCCCACUGCCAAGGAUUUGGCCUCGCGUGAUGUCGUCUCGCGCUCUAUUACUGUGGAGAUUAUGGAGGGACGCGGCUGUGGGCCCAACAAGGACUAUGUGCAUCUGCAGCUGCAUCACUUGCCGGCCAAGCAUUUGGCCGAACGCUUGCCGGGCAUUUCCGAAACAGCUAUGAUAUUCUCCGGCGUAGAUGUCACCCGUGCGCCCAUACCCGUGCUGCCUACAGUGCACUACAACAUGGGCGGCAUUCCAACCAAUUACAAGGGUCAAGUGUUAACGCUGGAUGAGCAGGGCUGUGAUAAAAUUGUGCCUGGUCUUUAUGCUGCGGGCGAAACUGCUUCCAGUUCAGUGCAUGGCGCUAAUCGCUUGGGCGCCAAUUCACUGCUAGAUUUGGUUGUGUUUGGACGCGCUUGUGCCAAGACCAUUGCCGAGGAAUGCUGCCCAGGCACGCCAGCGCCUUCGCUUAGCGAUAAUGCGGGCGAGGCGUCUGUGGCCAACUUGGAUAAAAUACGUUAUGCCAAAGGGUUGAUAAACACCGCAGAUCUGCGCCUGGAAAUGCAAAAGGCCAUGCAGCAGCACGCGAGCGUCUUUCGCGUUGGUCCUGUGCUGCAGGAAGGCGUCUGCAAAAUGGGCGAGAUUUAUAAAAAGUUCAAGGAUAUACGUGUUACGGACAGAUCGCUAGUAUGGAACUCCGAUCUCAUUGAAACACUGGAGCUGCAAAACUUGCUAAUCAAUGCACAGAUGACUAUAGUGGGUGCCGAGGCGCGCAAGGAGUCGCGCGGUGCGCAUGCACGUGAUGACUUUGACAAGCGCAUGGACGAGUACGACUACAGCCAGCCCUUGGACAAGCAAGAGAAGAAGCCCAUUGAGCAGCAUUGGCGGAAACAUUCGCUCGCUUGGGUGAAUUGCGAUACUGGCGAAACGACGCUCAAGUAUAGGCCAGUCAUAGACGAGGUGCUGGACAAGGAUGUGGAGACAGUGCCGCCAGUAAUACGCACCUAUUGAGUAAAACUUAAUGUAUGUUUACUACUAUUUAGUAGCUGCUGCUACUUUUUACACAUGCUACUGCUAAAUUAGCUGUAUGUACGUUUUAGAAUAAAACUAAUUUAUUUAUUUAUUUCA